AUGGCUUCGGACGAGGACUACAUGGCCUUCCUGAACAAGGCAAACCAGGACCCUUCAGAGGGAGUCAACCCAGCCUCCGCCCAGGCCCAGGGAAAGCCGGUGUUCAGGACAAGACAGGAGGGCGUUGAGGUGCCGGCGCUGCUGGACAGGCUGGCUAAGCACGGCGACGCGUUCUAUAUGAGCGAUGCAGAUGAACCAUUUGAGGCGGUCGCGCUGGCGUGGGAUGAAGACGGGAAGGGGUUGCCUGAUGAAGAGGAGUUUGCCGAGCUGAUUGGGCACUGGGAUCCGAAGAACGCAGAGGUUGAGAUUCUGGACCCCGUCGACUGGGAUUCGAGCGGGAUGUAUGGGGAGGUUAUUGACGCGGUUAGGGAAGCUGGGCAGGGGAACGAUGUGAGGGUGUACAGAGUCGCUAGGGGAGGGUUCAGGGCCGAGUAUUGGGUCGUUACGACGGAGGGGACGGGGAAAGGGGCAAAGUUGGUUGGGAUGAAGGCGUUGGCGGUGGAAAGUUGA